AUGAAGAUUUUAGCGCUGCACGGACUAGGAGCCUCCGGCGCCUUACUAAAAGAUCAGUUGGCACCAUUUAUUAGAGAAUUGGGCGCAAGCUAUCAAUUUGUUUUCCUUGAUGGAGCAAUACCGUGUGGAAGAGGACCCGCGGUUCCAGGUUGGGAGCCUGGGCCUUUUCAGUCUUACGCCACGGGCUUCUCUCCGCAAGAGAUGCGAGAGACGCUUCAGAGGAUAGACGUUUUCGUCAAAGAAAAUGGUCCUUUCAACGGUGUUCUCGGGUUCAGCCUUGGUUCUGCAAUGGCCAUUAGCUACAUCCUUGACCAGCAACGCCGAAACCCAGACACCCGGCCGCCCUUCUGCUUUGCCUUACUCUUUUCUCCAAUCUUCGUCGCCUCAGCCGACGACCACUGCUACGAGGGCCUCGUCAACCGCAUCCUCGAUGACGACCACGCAAAUUUCCGGGGAGAGUUCCCGGACGGCGAUUUUGCAUCGCUGCUAGACUCGAAGGAGGAGUGUAUCUUCAGUGAAUAUCUGAAAGUUGUCUUGUCAAUGCACUCAAGCGUUGGAAACAUCUUGCCAAACACCCGUCUCGACUUUCUUUCGUUUGAGGCACAGGCAGGGAAUGUACCGCGCCUAUUACAUCCGGAAAUAUACAAGGAGCGCAUACGCAUCCCGACUGUGCACGUUUCGGGGGAGAAGGAUAUAUAUGCUAUGGCGGAGCAAACGCGCGUGGCAGAGGGGUUAUGUACGCCUUCGUUAGCGCAAGUGCAUCGGCACGAUGGAGGACAUGACAUACCGUUCAAGAGGUCGGAUGUCCAGACUAUAAUCUCGAUGGCAAAAGUUGCAGCCGAAAAGGGAAGGCAGCUGCAAGAACUGUAUGACUUUUGA